AUGGAUUCCGAGCUCUCCUUGCCCCAUGAGAUGACCUUCAGCACCCUAGGCUCUGCCGCGCCAGUGCUGGCGCCGCGAGUGGGCAAAUUGGCCCUUGCCGGCCGCCAGACGAUCUCUACGCCGGCCCACGUCCCGCUCACCUCGCGGGGCGCUGUGCCGCACAUCUCGCAUGACAUGGUGCGCAAAGAGACUGCGAUUAACAGUUUGUAUAUUGGGUUGGAAGACUUCAUCGAGAGGAAACACCCUGCCCCGCUAUAUAACUUCCCCGCCGCAGUCCAUGAGUCGCCCCUGGGGAAGUUUAUCUGUGCACAGGAUGAUACAACCACGGUCUUGGGCGCGCGACGCUUCCCCGCGAUCCCUUGCCCGCCCAACAAUACCGAGACCUCCAUUGCGAUCUCGACCUCUGUCGGGUUCCGGCAACUCGAAGCGCACCGCUAUGUAGAGGCGGUGCAGAAACUGAAGCCCGAUAUUGCCGUCGGUCUGGCGGAUUUAGUUCUUGGAAGAGAACCGGGCCUGAAAAGGAGAGAAAAGAUGGUCGACCGGACGCAUGCAUAUACUCGCGAUGCGCUGGAGCAGCUAUAUGGGAAAUCCGUGGCGGACGAGCAGAGGUCUCAGGCGAAGUACUUUGCACCAGUAUUGCCACUGGAUAAUGCGCAGCAGACGCUCUACUUGCAUGAUCUGGAGGGCGAAUUCCGGGAUCGCAUCUCGGGACUGGCGCUGUACGAGUCGGCCUCUCUGAGCCAUAUCCCAAAGUCCCUGGGUAGCCUGCCCAGAUUACUGCUCAGCGAGCCCUCAAGCCCUCAUGAGGUCCUUCGUGGGAUUGCGCUUGGUGCGGAUCUGCUCACUGUUCCCUUCCUGCAAGCAUGCUCAGAUGCUGGUAUCGCAUUAGAUUUUGCCUUCCCUGUUCCAGCUACCGUGCAAAAUCGUGGGGAGCCGCAGCCUCUUGGAAUUGACCUUUGGUCGUCCGAAUAUGCUAAGGAUUCUUCGCCGUUGGUUGAGGCAUGCGAAUGCUACGCCUGCCGUAAACAUCACCGUGCCUACUUCAACCAUCUUCUCGCCGCGAAGGAGAUGGCUGCAUGGGCACUUCUCCAAAUGCAUAACCACCAUGUAUUGGACGGUCUCCUUGCCGGUGUGCGCGAGAGCAUUCAGCGCGGUACAUUUGAUGAUGAUGUUCAGGUAUUCAAUCGCGCGUACAAACCUGAAUUGCCAGACCCUACAGGCGAUGGCCCUCGACUACGCGGCUACCAGAUGCCCGCAGCGGGACCCAACCAGCCCCGGCGCAUGCCCAAGGUAUAUGGCCGUCUUGAUGAGGUCUCGCAGAAAUUCGCCGAAUCUCAAUCUUCAGUUGCUACUCCGGAUACCGACGCCGAGGGGCUCGAGAGGCACGGAUUUGCCGAGAAAAUAUGA